AGGAACGUCAUGGCGCUCCAUGAGUUCCUAACACUUGUAAUAUUGAUUUCUCUCCUUGUUUCUCCGUCGUUCUCCGACAACAUUCCUCCAAACAUAAGAACAUGGUGCAGCCAAACAUCCUAUCCCCAGUCUUGUGAGUACUACAUGGGUCACCACCCUCAUUCUUCCUUCCUCUCAGGUCAUUUAGAUUCCAAGAAAUUGGCAAUGCAAAUUGCCUUGGACCAAGCAAUCCAGGCUGAAAGCAACAACAUGUUGCUUGGGCCCAAGUGCCGCAAUGAGCGUGAGAAGGCCGCAUGGACAGACUGCAUCGAGCUCUACAAGAACACCAUAGCUCGACUUAACCUCACUGUCAACCCGGGCGCCAAGUGCACUGAUGUUGAUUUGCAAACAUGGCUGAGCACAGCUCUGACCAACCUUGAGACAUGCCGCACCGGUUUCGUGGAGCUCGGUGUCUCCGACUACAUCUUGCCUCUUAUGUCCAACAAUGUCUCCAAGUUAAUUAGUAACAUCCUUGCAAUUAACAAGCCAGUAGCUCUGCCUAAUGAACAAACAUAUCACGAAGGUUUCCCUACCUGGGUAUCGCCCCGAGAUCGAAAGCUCUUGCAGGCAACUGCUCUGGCUUCACGGGCAAUUCUUGUGGUGGCACAAGAUGGGUCAGGGAACUUCAAGACAAUCAACGAGGCAAUCAACGCGGCGGCCAAGCAGAACACGGGCGGCCGGUUUGUGAUACAAGUGAAGGCAGGGACUUAUGCAGAGCAUUUGCACAUAGGAAGCCCAAAUUUGAUGCUUGUUGGUGAUGGCAUAGGAAACACUGUAAUCACCGGAAGCAUGAGCGUUGGGGGAGGCUCCACCACUUUCAAUUCUGCUACAGUUGCGGUCGUGGGAGAUGGAUUCAUCGCUCGUGACAUCACAUUCCGGAACACCGCUGGGCCGGGAAAGGGGCAGGCAGUGGCGCUCCGCUCGGGAUCUGACCUCUCCGUAUUCUACCGAUGUAGUUUCGAAGGAUAUCAAGACACUCUCUACGUCCACUCUGAGAGACAAUUCUACAGAGAAUGUGCAAUCUACGGCACAGUGGAUUUCAUCUUUGGAAACGCAGCCGUUGUGCUACAGAACUGUAACAUCUUUUCCAGAAAGCCCAUCAACGGCGUAGUCACAGUAACGGCACAAGGUCGAAUUGACCCCAACCAGAACACCGGAAUUGUGAUACACACUUCUCAGAUAACAGCCGCUUCCGACCUAAAGCCAGUGCAGAGCUCAGUAAAGGCAUACCUCGGAAGGCCAUGGAGGCAGUAUUCUCGAACUGUUAUCCUCAAGUCAUUUCUGGAUAACCUGAUCCAACCCGUCGGUUGGUUGGAAUGGAGUGGAAGUUUUGGUCUCAAUACGUUGUAUUAUGGGGAGUACCAGAACACAGGCCCCGGUUCGUCCACAGCCAACCGAGUGAAAUGGGGUGGUUAUCGUGUCAUAACCAGCGUAGCUGAAGCAUCCAAGUUCACCGUAGGAAACUUCAUUGCUGGUAGUUCAUGGCUACCAGCCUCCAAUGUGCCUUUCACUUCCGGCCUCUGAAUUUCUCCAGCGAGAGCAAGUGGACGGCCAUCGGAAACCAAUAUUUAGAAACCAAUUAAUUACGAGAUUAUAAUAAGUGGAAAUCACAACUCUUCAAAGUGAUUAUUAAAACUGGCUCAACAGCAUAUUGAUGAUGAAGUGCAGACUGGAGCAAAUUCUCUAUCAACUAGAGUUUUAAUUUCCUCCUUAAUUUAUAUGAAUUAAUUGCUACAGCUUGUGAGACUACCAAUAAUGUUUAGUAUUAAUUUUCUUAAAUGUAAAGAUGUUUUAGUUUUCAA